GCCUAGAUGGGCACCAGCUCGAGCUCAUGUUGUUCUACCAGUGACGCACUGCGCCUGCGCAGUUUGUCCGGUCUGUUUGCAGCCGAAGUCACUGCUGCUGGUACCGCCAGUGUUGCACGGGGGUAGCAGCUCUUAGCUGCAGGUUUAGUGGCUCUGCUCGAGCCGCCACUGUGACAGCGACAACACAGUUGCUGUGAAAACGUUUUUAGUGUUUUUAUAUGGUCUUGACGGAUAUGUUCCAUAUCAUUUGGGUCGUUUUACUAGGGAAUUUAAACGCGUAAAGAGCCGAGCGUUUGCUCUGUGAUGUGCCAUAGUCGAGGAAUGACUGCUUACUCGAGGUCCAGGUUGAGGCCUACUUUUUAAACCUCGCAUCCCACUCCCCCCUCCUGAAUCGCAUCAUCAAUGAUGGCAGAGGAACAACAACAACCUGAUCUACACCAGACACCAGCUUCGGGGCCAGGGGCCCUGCCAGCCUUGGUGCCAGGGCUCCAAGUGGCAGAGGCCACUGCACUGCAACAGAAAAUCAAGAACUCCAUCUGCAAAACAGUGCAGUCACAAGUGGACAUCAUUUUGGGAGAAGUGGAGAAGUUUACAGACCUAGAAAAACUCUACCUCUACCUUCAGUUGCCUUCUGGUCCCAGUAAUGGAGAAAAAAGGAGUUCCACAGGAAGGUCAGGGGAUACUGACACAUAUAGUGAUCCCAGCACUGUGUCAUCAAGUCGGGCCCAACAGAUGCAUGCAUUUUCUUGGAUCCGCAAUACAUUAGAGGAACACCCUGAAACAUCUCUACCCAAGCAGGAGGUUUAUGAUGAGUACAAGAGCUAUUGUGACAAUCUUGGCUACCAUCCAUUAAGUGCUGCUGACUUUGGAAAGAUUAUGAAAAAUGUCUUUCCAAACAUGAAGGCUCGCCGUCUGGGCACAAGAGGAAAAUCAAAGUAUUGCUACAGUGGACUGAGAAAGAAAGCUUACGUUCAAAUGCCAUCACUGCCUAACCUCGAUUUCCACAAAUCAGGAGAAGGGUUGGAAGGGACAGAAUCUGCAGGACAGCUGCAUAAUGCUGACGAAGAAGUUGUGACUGCAGCUUGCCGAAUAGUGUGCGAGUGGGCUCAAAAAGUGCUAAGCCAGCAGUUUGCUACAAUCCUUGAACUUGCCCGCUACCUUGUGAAAAGCCACUACAUUGGCACUAAAUCUGUGGCAGCUCUCACUGUCAUGGCAGGGGCACCUGCAGGAAUGAAAACAGUGACUCAGUCCUCAGCAUUUGUUCCAACUUCUGAAAGUAAUUCUUUUCAACCUGUGAAAACUCUGCAGUCUCCAUCUGUGGACGCCAAGCAGCAACUCCAACGCAAAAUUCAGAAGAAGCAACAGGAGCAUAAACUUCAGUCUCCUCUGCCAGGAGAACUACACAUGAAAAAAACUGAAGGAGUGUUAACUAAUGGAAUAAGCAGCCUUUCCAAUGGAAAUCCCACAGUUCUUUCCCCUCAGCAGGCUAUUGGGAUUGUAGUAGCAACUGUUUCCAGCCCUAUACCGGUAUCAAGGACCAGACCGAUGACAAAGUCUCCCAGUCCUAUUGGCCCAACAGAUGGCAAGGUUCUUCCUCUUAACGUACAAGUUGUCACACAGCACAUGCAGUCUGUGAAGCAAUCACCAAAGACUCCCCAGAAUGUCCCAGCCAGCCCAGUGGGAGAUCGAUCAGCUAGGCCUCGGUAUCCUCAGAUUCUGCCUAAACCAGCUACUAGCAGUACUCUUACCAUUCGGUCACCUACUACUGUUCUGUUUACCAGUAGUCCGAUUAAAACUGUUGUACCACCACAACAUGUUAACUCCUUAAACAUGGUCAAAAUUGCUCUUGCACCUAGCAACAAUGGUGGAACUUUGAAGCCUGCAUCAACAGCAAAUAACAGCUCAGGACCAACAGAAGAGCCAAGAACUGGACCUCAAAUUAAAAAUGGAUCUGUUAUCUCAUUACAGUCUCCACCAUUAAAAAUAGAUAGUGUUGUAACCAGACCUUCCAUUGAGAUCAAAGCAGACCCCGAAGGUGCAUCACAAGAAAAUACCAGACCAUGUCAGGAUAGUCCAGGCUUUGCUAAAGUUGCAGAGGGUAGCAAUGAGUUGUCCUCUGGUCAUAAAUGUGCAGAUGAAAGUGUUGCAGACCUCAAGGCAGUAAGUGAAGGCAUUAUGAAUGUAAAUGGAACAGCGAGCUACAGUGAUCAAAGGUCUGAAGGAAAAACAAGUUGCACAUCCAAGUCUAAUGAUAAUGCAGUAGGUCCAGAAAAUGUAUCUCUUUCUGUUGUGGGCACUUACCAAGGAACUGCUUCCCUUUCCCUCUCUAAUCAAAGUUUUUAUAGCAUCAGUUCUGCAUCUCAUGGUGAUACUGCUAUCACGGACAACAGAUCAAGUUCAAGAAGUCCACGAAAGCGUUCAACAACUUCAUUUCGGGAGUCCCAGGUGCCAGCUGCAAAAAAGACAUUCUUGUCAACUAGCAGUGCAGAAACCCAAAAGGUUGCCAGCAGUACUGUUAAGAAAACUCAGCAGGGAUUGGUUGCUACAAAAAUUGAUGGUGUGUCUACAUCCAUUUCUAAUCGGGUGACUGGCCGGCAUAAUUCAGCUGUUGCCACUUGCAUCAUAUCGAACUCUCCUUCAGACAUUCACCUGAUUGUGUCCGAUAGUAUUCAGUCCAUUGCAAAGAUGAUGCCUGCUUCCACUCCAGAAACAAAUGUCAAACAAGAAGGCGGUGCCUUUGGUAUGCAAGUGCAGCUGAGCUCAGGUACCACAUCUAGCGAAAAUCAGUUUCAUCUUGUUCCAUCAAUCUCACAACCACCCACUGCUGACAACGAUCAUGCACAGGAUUUUGAUAUCAGCAAUGCUGGAGGGAUGUCUGAUGCCGAGUUGCAGAAAUCUUUGUGGGACUCAGUAGCAUUUGAAGACAUGCAACAGCAAGAUUAUAGCUCGCAAUCACAUGUCCAAAAACAACUUCAGUUGGUUAACUUAGAUCAGUUACAGGUCUUAAAUCAUGUACAGACACCAGAUCAAAUAUCUCUGCAGCCUGACCUGACAAAGUAUGAUCAUACUGACCCACAGCCUAGUGAGAACUACCUGAUAUUUGAUGAUGAUCUCACACAGGAUAGUAUUGUCGAGGAACUAGUGUUGAUGGAGGAGCAAAUGUCCAUGAACAAUUCCCAGUCACGUGGAAGCUGUUCUGGACUGUCACUUCCAAAUCCGUCAGCAGUAGGCACUAUAGUGUCUCAGCAGAUCAGUGGGCAGUUUUUCCACUCUGUGCAGAGCAGUGGCACUCCAGUUCAUACUCCUACUCCAACCCCCACUUCAACUCCAACGCCCACACCGACCCCCACAUCAGAGAUGAUGUCUGGCUCUCAGAGUUUGUCUAGAGAAAGUCCUUGUUCAAGAAUGGCUCAAACCACACCAAUCGAUAGUGCUUUAGGCAGCAGCAGACACACACCAGUCGGCACUCCUCAUUCUAACUGCAGCAGCAGUGUACCCCCAAGUCCUGUUGAAUGCCGAAACCCUUUUGCCUUUACCCCUAUAAGUUCCAGUAUAGCCUACCAUGAUGCUAGCAUAGUCUCCAGUAGCCCUGUCAAACCAAUGCAGAGGCCUAUGGCUACUCACCCAGAUAAAACCAAAUUAGAAUGGAUGAACAGUGGGUAUACUAGUGUAGCUGGUUCUUCAUCUGCAAAUCAUAGUGUUGGCAUUCUUCCAAGCUAUCAGGAGUUGGUUGAGGAUCAUUUUAGAAAACCGCAUGCUUUUAUUGUGCCAGGUCAGUCUUACCAGUCGCAGUCAAGGCAUCAUGAUACCCAUUUUGGCCGUUCGACUCCUGCUUCACCUGUGCAACACCAGGUAUCCACUGUGGCUAACACUAAUAAACAAGAAGGUUUUGCUGUCCCUGCACCUCUUGAUAACAAAGGGGCAAGUUCAUCAGUGAACAGUAGUUUCAGAUGCCGAAGUGUGAGCCCUGCUGUCCGUCAACGUAACCUCAGCGGAAAUACUGCGUAUCCUGUUUCCAUCAUACCAAGGGCAAACGUAACACCUGUUGUAUCACAAGUGACACCUGAACAUCUUACUGUAUUUCCCACAGUCCAUUCAGGUAGCAAUGCCAGCAAUUUGGCUCAGAGAAGCCAGUCAGUUCCUUUGACUGUUAUGAUGCAGACAGUUUUACCUCCCAUUCAGAAACAGACAAACACUAAGAAGAUCACAAAUGUAUUGUUAAACAAACUUGAUCCUGAUAAUGAUGAUACAGUAAGAGGUUUGGGGAUAAAUAACAUGCCGUCCAAUUACACAGCUAGGAUGAAUCUCACACAGAUACUGGAAGCAUCCCCGUCCUUUUCUAGUGCCAGUCAACAAACGGUGCUCAAUCCUGGUGCUGCAGUUUUUGAAUUCCAGAAGGGAAGCUACCUCAUGAAAAACAGCAGUGAUCAGAUGGGUUUCCCUUCCGGAGAUAACCAAGCACAACUAGAAACUGGAGAGCAGCAGUUGGAUUUCAGCAACACUGUAAAAGACUUAUUGGUCAAAGAUGGCCUUGAAUCGAGCCAGCAAUUAGUGAAUCAGGUUGCAUCAGAGCUGAGUAAUGCUGCAUCUGAUUUCUCUAGUGAAAUAAGGCUGUCUUCUGAGCUCUCAGGCAGCAUUAAUGAUUUAAAUACAUUGGAUACAAAUCUGCUGUUUGAUCCAAGUCGACAGCACGGACAAGAUGAUGAUGCAACACUGGAUGAUCUAAAGAUUGAUCCGCUGUUCCAGCAAAUCUGCAGUGACUCUAUGAACACAAUGUCCUCUUCAGCUUUUGAAUGGCUUGAAAGCAAGGACCAUCCUGCAGUUGAAAUGUUGGGUUAAUGUUUUUAAGUGUCAUCGUACCUGUGUAAAACACUGUAUCUAAUACAACCAUCUUGCAUUUGACCUAAUAGAAGUGCCUGCCUUCACAGAAACAUUUGCUCUGAAUUGAUGGCAUUCUUGAAAGGUUUGCUGCAUGCUCAGUUUCCCCAUAAAAUGAAUCAAAUCAGUUUAGUUGUGCACCCUGAUAUUUUUCUAAUUUAGUAGGGCAUUUCAUUGAAGAUACUAGAAAUUAGAUUUAAUGUGCUAGGGUA